CUUGUCUCCAUCUUUACCUCCAUCCACACCUUCUCUCCAUCUUUACCUCCAUCCACACCUUCUCCCCACGUUGUCUUCUGUUCACACGUGACAUCACUUCCUGUGCAGAGCUUCCAGAGGUGUUCCUCCUCCAGAAGACGCCAUCCUCUCCAGUCACCUGCAUGGCGACAGGUUUCUACCCCGACUUAGCCGACCUGUUUUGGAGGAAAGACGGCGAGCAGAUCUUCGAGGACGUGGAGCACGGAGAGCUGCUCCCCAACCACGACGGAACCUUCCAGAUGUCGGUGGAGCUGAAAGUGGAGGUGACGGCCGAGGUGGAGGGCAAGUACGAAUGUGUGUUCCAGCUGUCUGGCGUCAAGGAGGACCUGGUCACCAAGCUGGAGAGAAGAAGCAUCCUGAGCAACGCAAGCCAUGUUUCC